AUGGGAUGGAGCCAUGCUCCAAACCUUCCAGCCUCCGUCCUGAUGUAUAGUGUGGAGGAGAACUCGGGGUGGCGGUUGAAUGCCAACCUCACAGCUCUUGCAAACAGUACGGAAAUGCUGGUGCUGGCUGACCUCAGUUCCGCAAACAUCGCGAUCUUUUACCAAGCACGAUGGAAUCUUCCUUUGAAUGUCUACAGCUUUGCCUACGACGGGACGUCCUGGAAUUUCGUGAACCUAGAGGUUUUCCCUAAAGGCAACGAUUGCUUCAAUGACGGUGGAUGUCUAAGGCUUGGGGGCAAUCUGAUGGUACUCAGACCAGAAGCCGCCACGGACGAUGUUUUUCAAACGUUUCAGUGGCAGGGGGCUAGCUGGUCCCUGGUACCGACUGCCAACCUCAGAAGUCCACCGCACGAGGCACAACCAAGUCUUGCGGUCGAUGGGCAGCGUCUCAUCUUGUUCACUUUCACACGCAGCGCCACCCCUACGCUCAGGACCGUGCCCGUUCUUUCCUUGCAUCUCGGCUGGGUAGCGGCUAAUGUCCCCGUUUUCGGGUAG